AUGAAGCACCUGCGCAUCAUGGAUCAGACAGCCGGCCCAGAUGGCACCACCGCCUUUGUUGGAUCGAUAGCUCGUCUCAUCGUUUUCACUUUGGUUGCGAUUCUUGCUUCCAUGUCAUGGGCGGCUUUUUAUAACUUGCUAUUGCACCCGUUGAGUGGCUUCCCAGGGCCAAAGCCGUGGGCCGCCACGCGCGUGCCUUAUACUCGGAUGUACCUUUCGGGCAAUGCUCCGCAGCGUAUCCUCAAGCUUCAUCAGACGUACGGCCCGAUUGUCCGAAUCGCACCCGAGAUCCUGUCUUUCAACCAUCCAGACGCCAUGAAAGAGAUUCGAGGUCACCGUAAGCAUGGUGCGGGCGAGAACGGGAAAGACCCUAUACAUAUGGCGAGAGCGCGGAAGAAUAUCAUUGGCGCCGACCGCCACGACCAUGCACGUUACAGACGGGUCAUGGCCCACGGGUUUUCUGCGCAGGCCAUGCUGAAUCAGCAGCCUAUUAUUCUCAAGUAUGUGAACAUGCUUUUCGAACGACUCCGAGACCUUGCGCAGCGGGGGUCAGGGCCUAUCGACCUUGUCAGCUGGUUCAAUUAUACAACCUUUGAUAUCAUCGGCGAUUUAUCUUUCGGCGAGCCGUUUGGUUGCUUGGAGAGUUCAACCUAUCAUCCAUGGGUUCGUCUCAUUUUUGAUAGCUUGAAAAACGCUGCCUGGGCAGUUAAUAUGAACCGCUAUCCCGCCCUGGCAGGAGUUCUCAAGUUCUUGAUUCCCAAGGAAGUUGCUAACAAGCUGGCCGAGAACAAACUCCUGACGGAGGAGAAGGUUCGUAAGAGGUUAUCCAUGGCCUACGAGCGACCGGAUCUGAUGGAGGUUAUGAUUUCACGUGGUGGCGCCACGAGCGAGGAAAUGACAUUUGAGGAGUUGGCAGAUAACGCCACGACACUUAUCGUAGGAGGCUCUGAGACGACAGCUACGCUGCUCUCUGCAGCUACCUACUUCUUAGCGACAAAUACAGAUGCUCUUUCAAGACUGACAAAGGAAGUUCGUUCAUCCUUCUCCACGGAAGAGGAAAUUGACUUACUUACCGUACAAAAUCUGCCUUUUCUGCUGGCUGUCUUGGACGAGUCGAUGCGCCUCUAUCCACCGGUGCCCAGCGGGUCGCCGCGCAAAAUCAAUGAAUUGGGCGAUACAAUCCUUAAUCGUUACAUACCUCCCGGAACCGUGGUUGAAAUUUGGCACUGGGCGCUGUAUCACAAUCCAGCGCAUUUCGCUCAGCCUGAUGAGUUCAGACCCCAAAGAUGGCUCGGCGACCAACAGUUCGCCGGGGAUAAGAAGGAGGCGUUCCAGCCGUUCUCAAUAGGACCGCGGAACUGCCUUGGAAGGAAGCUGGUCUGGAAUUUCGAUCUAGAUCUUGCUGAACAGAGCAAACAUUGGUACAAGCAGAGCAAGGUCUACUUGGCAUGGCAGAAAGAUCCUCUUUAUGUACAUCUGACCCUGCGUAGAGCUGCCCGAUCACCGAAGAUAUCAACCAGGCGCUCAAAUCUUCCACUUGAAUCUUUGCAGCUCGGGCCCGCGAUGCGAGCCGGAUUGCGCAGCAGUAACAAGCCCGCAAGGCACCCUGAUCAGGCGGGCUCAUCAAAUAAUCUUGAUUCCAACCUUGGGAUCCACGAUCGGUUACAGCAGCUCGAGGAGCUCGUAGCAGCACAGAAUGCUGGCACAGAUGACGCACGCCAGAGAGCGCCCCACUCCGCGUCUCACGCAGAGGAUUCGUCCUUUCGUCGUUCAGGACAAUCCGAUAUCAGCCCACGUCUUCAAGGUCUGACGAACGAUGCCGUGUAUCUGGAGCAGGCGAGCCGCAGCAGUGCAUUUCUCGCAUCGACCAUAGCCGAUCCGAUCUCAUAUAAGACAUGUUCCGUGCGCCAGCUCCCAGGAUCCACGACAUACGUUCUCGAUUCUGCCAUUCAUCCUAACGGGCGAUCCGUGAGGCGUGUCUGGAUUCCUACGCAGCCAGAGGCCCGCAUUCUGCUACAGAAGUAUAUCACUGACAUAGCCUUCACGUGCCAUGUCCUACACACUCCAUCACUUCCAGGAACAAUAGACGCCCUCUAUGAUGUCAUCGACUCACAGGGCACCGUUCCACACGGGCAGGCGAUGCUGCUGCUCAGUAUCAUCGCGAACGUGACGAGCCAGUGGACGUGCCGCGAUUCCGAAGAGAAGCGGUUGUACGAAACCCCGGACGCGGCGACCCGGCAGACGGCAUCGUGGAUCAAAGCUGCCCUUGAUGUGAUGGACCACUCAAGGCGAAGCUCCAGAUUGUCUCUUCCGCACGUCCAGGCUCUGAUUUUAUUAGCCUGUGUUGUAUGUAAUCUGGAUGGGUUCUCAUCCAAUUUCCGGAGUCUCUUGUCCGUGGCUGUGGAUACUGCCCGUGAGCUCGGGCUUCAUCUGCGCGACCGCCCACAUCAGCAAUCUAAAGAAGAAGCCGGCUCGAGCGCGAUAGAGGCCGAGAUGAUUCGCCGAGUAUGGUGGUACCUAGUAUCGACUGAUUGGAUUCUGUCUUGUCACGGAGACCGCGUACCUCUGAGCAAUGCUUUGACAGAAGAGUCCAAGUAUCGUGAGAUUACAGAGCUCAAUCACCGGCUUAAACAGUUCAUCUACGACCUUCCGCUUUCACUUCGCCGUCUGAGUGGGGGCACGACUAAGUCGGGAAAUUUUCAGACGCUAGCCCCAUCCCAAGGAGUUACGGUCCAGCGAUACCUUCUCACACUUCAUGUCUACUCCCUCAUUUGCAGGCUUCACUUCCCCUACUUCGCCCGCGCCUUCACUCAAGCUUGCUUCUGCACUGCCAGAGCCGCAUGUCUCGACGCAGCCCGAAAGAUCCUCUCUGCCGACUUGGAGCUUGAGCAACAGCAGAUCCCCUUCUCGGAAAGGCGGCUGCGACUUUCUAGUAUUUUGUACGCCAUACUGCUGGCCAGCACCGUCUUCGCCAUCAAUCUGUGCUUGGAUCAGUCCCUUAACGAUGAUGCAGCCUAUGUUGCAGAGGUCACAGAUGCAUUUCGUCUUCUGCAGCGAGCUUCUGAGAAUUCACAUCCUGCGGCUAAGGUCUAUAAGUGCCUGUUGCAGCUGCUCAAGCCGAUGCUUUCGAGUCCUGGGCUAGCCCAGAAAAUGGCCUCGACGGGAGGCAAGGCGAGUUGGCGGGCGACUUGUAUAAAAGUCUUGAUUUCGAAAUUGACCUGA